AACAUAACACUUAAAAAAAUCUUCAUCCCAACAUCAUCAAAUUAAAACUAGCCCAAAAAAUUUAUUUCCCCUAUAAGAAAUGAACGGCGGUGAUCCAAGAUUGGUGAAGAGUCUCAAAAAAAGCUACAAAGGCAAGAGAAAGAAGAGUGAUCCACUCAAAGUGGUGUACAUUUCUAGCCCCAUGAAGGUCAAGACGAGUGCCACGAGAUUUAGGUCACUCGUGCAAGAACUCACGGGUAAAAAUUCCGACGUGUCGCAAUACAUGGACGACAACUCAGACUAUCUAGCCAAAGACUUCUAUCACGAGAUUGAUUGUGACGAUCAAUCUCUAGCAAAGGAGACGAGCGACGACCAAUAUCGGACUAAUUCGUCGGUAUCUACCGUAGAUACCCCUACUAGCUCCGACUCAUUUCAAGGGCAGAUGGACAUUAGUGUGUUCACUUCACAAAUGAGCGAGCAACUUCAAGGGGCAUUUUCGUCCAAUUCGUUUUAUGACCCUUUGCAUCUUGAUGUUCUUGGAAGCUUUGAUGAGUUGAUGUGGAGUUAAAAUUUUUAGUAUUGUUAUUAAAAGUCUUGUAUCAUAUGUUUAUAGAACCUUGUAGAGGAAUAUUGCUUAGUAUGUAUUUAUUUAUUAUAUUUAUGGAUAGAGUAGAUGAGAUUAGGUGUUUUUGUGUUGAGACAUGAAUGAUAUCUUAUUUCUCUAGUUAAAUAUCAAGAAUCAAAAUUUUUCUAUCA